AUGUAUCCAUUCGCAUAUAACCUCUUUGGCGAUGAUCAAACAGAUGCAGCGAGCUCAUCCGACCAUCAGCCCACUCAAUACCAGGGUCAGACCGUUGACCUAAAUCUCAAUCUCUCACCGCCUCACCCAGCGUCACAAUACCCGACCGCCCAGCAACCGGUCAAUUACAUUCAACCGGGAUAUCCACCACCCGGUCAACAAUUUCAGUAUCCCGCGCAGUAUCCUUACCCGGUCCCGCCACCACAAUAUGGAUAUUGGCCCAGGCAGCCAAUGUAUUAUACACCACCAACCGGCUAUCCCCCUUAUACGCCUACGUACACGGCUCCAGCCCCCGCUCCUCUGAUUUACCCGACUGUACCGACCGAGCCGGAGCUUCAGCCCACUUCUCGGGCUAGGCGCUCGGCUCGUUCGAGGUUGGGGUCGCAGGGUGCCGCGGCCAUGGAGGUACCACGGCAGGCUCAGCAGGUACAACCGGAGAUACAAGCCCAAGCAGAAGACCCUGAAGAAGUCAACCGGGCAGUAGCAUUUGAGCGGCUCCGUCCAGCAAUGCGGCAACGAUUGGGACCACAGGACCUGAGCCGACGCUCAGUAGAUCUACCGAUGCAAGUGGCUAGCCAGGAGGGUUCGUCUGCACAUAGUGGGUCGAAAUCACAUCGUCGACGACACGCCCGGGAGCCGACCCAGGCCCAGACGACUGAGCUUAACGAGACCCGAGGACUGCUCAACGACCUCCAGGCAGAAUUCGCUCGGUUUUGA